AGUGCUGAGACUCCAAUCCCCUAUACCUUGGGAGACCUCAGCCUUCAGGUCCCCACCCCAAGGAUGCUGCCUUUCUGGACUGUUGGCCUCCUGCUGCUGGCCACUGUCAGAGGGAAAAAAGUCUGCUAUGAACAUCUUGACUGCUUUACUGUUGACAAACUAUGCCCAGAGUUGGGUCCGAACAGUUUGAAAUUUCCCUGGCCCCCUUCGCUUAUUCGUACCAGCUUUCACCUGUACACAAAUGAAAAUCCGGACAACCAUGAACUGAUCACUGGCACUGACCUAACCACCAUAAAGACCUCGCACUUCCGACUGGACCGCAAGACACGCUUCAUUGUCCACGGCUACUUAGACCGCGGAGGGAAGAAGUGGCUGUUAGACAUGUGCAAGAGUAUGUUUAAGGUGGAGCAGGUGAACUGCAUCUGUGUGGACUGGCAUCAUGGGUCUCAGGUUCCGGUUUACCCCCAAGCCGUAUACAACACUCAGGUCGUGGGCGCCGAGAUCGCUUUCCUAGUAAAAGAGCUGUCGGGCAAACUGGGGUACAGCCUGGAGGACGUUCACGUCAUCGGCCACAGCCUGGGGGCGCACGUGGCGGCGGAGGCCGGCAGGAGGCUGGAGGGCCGCCUGGGCAGGAUCACAGGGCUGGAUCCAGCAGAGCCAUGUUUCAAGAACACACCUGAGGAGGUUCGACUGGACCCAUCAGAUGCUAUGUUUGUGGAUGUGAUUCACACAGAUAUUUCUUUCAUAUCCUUCUCACGCGAGCUGGAUCCAGCAGAGCCAUAUUUCAAGGACACACCUGAGGAGGUUCAACUGGACCCAUUAGAUGCUAUGUUUGGGGAUAUGAGUCCCACAGAUAUUUCUUCCAGAUCCUUCCUACUCAGUUUUGGAAUGAGGCAAAAAGUGGGCCAUCUGGAUUUUUUUCCAAAUGGAGGAGUGACGAUGCCAGGAUGUAGGAAAUUCAGCUUUCCAAGCAUCACUGACAUCAAUCAAAUAUGGGAAGGAGUAGAUGACUUGGUGGCUUGCAACCACCUACGAAGCUACAAGUAUUACACCAGCAGUAUCCUCAACCCCGGUGGCUUCCUGGGCUACCCCUGCACUUCCUACAAGGACUUUGCAAAGAAUGGCUGUUUCCCUUGUCCAACCAACGGGUGCCCCAGAAUGGGACACUAUGCUGACCAAUUUGAAGGGAAGAAUGAUACUGUGUAUCAAACCUUUUUUCUGAACACGGGCGAGCUUGGUAACUUUACUUGUUGGAGAUAUAAGGUAUCAGUCAUGCUGUCCGGGAAAAAGGAGCUGAGAGGACACAUCAAUAUUGCUUUGCAUGGAAGCAAUGGGAAAUCAAGACUGUAUGAAAUUUUCAAGGGAUCCCUCAAACCAAAUGCAAGGCACAUGCAUGUCAUUGACGUGGACCACAAUGUUGGAGAAAUCCAGACGGUUCAGUUCCUCUGGAAAAAUCUGGGGGUACUGCCCACCUGGGACAAACUAGGUGCUUCUCAAAUCACUGUGCAAAAUGGAGAUGGGACUGAGUAUAAUUUUUGCAGUGAGAAGACUGUGUCUACAAACACCUUUCAGCCUCUUCACCAUUGUUAAAAGCAUGGGACAGCUCUUGUCUCUAUGGUAAUAAAGCGUUUUAAUGCACUUGG